AUGGCGGCGCCGGGCCGGACGCUGCUGCUGGUGAACCUGGCGUCCAUCAUGGAGCGCGCGGACGAGGCGCUGCUGCCGGCGGUGUACAAGGAGGUGGGCGCCGCGCUGCACGCCACGCCCAUGGGGCUCGGCGCGCUCACGCUGUACCGCUCCUUCGUGCAGGCCGCGUGCUACCCGCUCGCCGCCUACGCCGCCGUGCGCUACAACCGCGCCCACGUCAUCGCCGUCGGGGCCUUCCUCUGGGCCGCCGCCACCUUCCUCGUCGCCGUCUCCGGCACCUUCGCCCAGGUAGCAGUAGCUAGGGGAUUGAAUGGUGUUGGCCUAGCACUUGUAACUCCAGCCAUCCAAUCUCUAGUGGCAGACUUCACUGAUGAUAAUAACCGGGGCUCUGCUUUUGGAUGGCUUCAACUCACAGGCAACAUAGGUUCGGUGAUUGGAGGUUUGUUCUCGAUCAUGCUAGCAUCGACCACAAUCUUCGGUAUCGCUGGUUGGCGUAUCGCGUUUCACAUUGUUGCUCUCAUCAGUGUGGUCGUAGGGGCAUUGGUCUAUCUUUUUGCUGUGGAUCCUCAUUUUUGCAACACUGAGGGUGGUGGUCAGCUCUUGCGCAAGUCGGCAUGGGCAGAGAUGAAGGAUUUAGUCACUGAAGCCAAAGCGGUCAUCAAAAUACCAUCGUUUCAGAUCAUUGUGGCUCAGGGCGUUACAGGGUCAUUUCCUUGGUCAGCAUUGACGUUUACCCCAAUGUGGUUGGAACUGUUGGGCUUUACGCACAACAAAACUGGACUUCUCACAGCAGUAUUUGCAAUUGCAAGCUCAAUUGGAGGGCUCUUUGGUGGAAAGAUGGGGGAUUAUCUAUCUGUUCGCUUCCCGAAUUCUGGCCGGAUAGUGCUGUCUCAGAUAAGCUCGGCUUCGGCAAUCCCACUUGCAGCUCUGUUGCUGCUUGGACUACCUGAUGACUCCAGUACUGGUGUCUUGCAUGGGCUUGUUAUGUUUAUCAUGGGGCUAAGCAUCUCCUGGAAUGCCGCUGCUACUAACAACCCCAUAUUUGCGGAGAUCGUUCCUCAGAGAUCAAGGGCAAGUAUUUAUGCACUGGACCGUUCCUUCGAGUCUGUCCUAGCCUCAUUUGCUCCACCAGUCGUCGGCUUUUUAGCUCAGCAUGCUUAUGGCUACGCCCCUGUUUCACAUGGAGCUGGAGUGAGCAGUGUGGCAAGGGACCGGUCCAAUGCCGCUGCCCUAGGAAAAGCUCUUUACACGGCGAUCGCCAUCCCGAUGUUGCUCUGCUGCUUCAUCUACUCCCUGUUGUACGGGACAUACCCCCGCGACAAGGAGAGGGCGAGAAUGGACACUCUUAUCUCAUCGGAGCUGCAGCUGAUCAAUUUGGAAAGGUCUCAUGGAAUAGCAGAGUACAACGCUAGAAGGAAGCAUGCCACUGUGAUCGAUAUCGAGUAUGGUGAGGAAGAGCUUGAUGAUGAUGAUGAUGAGCAAGCGUUGAUGCAUCACCAAGUUGAACAGAGUGGUAGUCUCAGGUGAUCAGGGUGUAAUAUGACAGUAAUUAUCACAAAGCUCUUGCCAAAGUAGCUCCUAGUAUGGGUGAGAGGACAGAUUGCAUAUCUUCAAGAAGAUCACUUUGUGCCACCAUAGAUCUCUUUUCUUUCAGUUUACUUUGUUAAUAGUAUGGAUACAGUGUUCUAUGUAGUAGGACUAGUCAGUAGGAACAGAGACUUACCUGUAGAAAGGUAUACCA